UGCCCGCACGUGAGGGAGCAAUAGGGGUUCUUGCCCACGCGUUAUAACUGGCAUCAACUUUCUCUGGAGCGGUCGCUUGAGUGCGGCUAGUGCCUUUCUUCCAUUGUGAAAGGAAGGAAUCGUGACUGGGAGCGGCGAGGCCAGCAGCAGCAUUACCGGCAGCAGGCGGGCGGCUUGAGGCGGCGGCAGGCGGGCGCCGGGUGCCCCCUGCUCGCCUCGGCCCCUCCCCUGCGAUGGGGAAUGGGCUGUCGGAGCAGACGCCGAUCCUGUCGAGCCUGCCUCCUUUCCAGUGCUUCCACAUCGUGAUCUUGGGGCUGGACUGCGCCGGCAAGACCACGGUCCUCUACCGGCUGCAGUUCAACGAGUUCGUCAACACCGUCCCCACCAAAGGCUUCAACACGGAGAAGAUCAAGGUGACGCUGGGCAACAGCAAGACGGUCACCUUCCACUUCUGGGACGUCGGCGGCCAGGAGAAGCUGCGCCCGCUCUGGAAGUCCUACACGCGCUGCACGGACGGCAUCGUCUUCGUGGUGGACUCGGUGGACGUGGAGAGGAUGGAGGAAGCCAAGACGGAGCUGCACAAAAUCACCCGCAUCUCGGAGAACCAGGGGGUGCCUGUGCUCAUCGUGGCCAACAAGCAAGACUUGAGGCACUCGCUGUCGCUGGCGGAGAUGGAGAAGAUGCUGGCUACCAGCGAGCUGAGCUCCUCCACACCCUGGCACCUGCAGCCCACCUGCGCCAUCAUUGGGGACGGGCUCAAGGAAGGACUAGAGAAACUGCACGAUAUGAUCAUUAAGCGGAGGAAAAUGCUGAGGCAGCAGAAGAAGAAGAGAUGAGCUGCUGGGCCGGGGAGAGUAGCUCCUUGUCAGCAUUUCACUAGGACAGUUUCCAGUGCCUGGCCUGCCUGUCUGGAUCCUGUACAGCCGAACUGUGAAACACUGGGCCUGGUGGGAAGCUUUGCAGACACAGGCCGCUGGUUCCGCCACGAGUUCUUUGGCACUACUCCUUUUUUAAAAGAAACAAAAGCAAAACUCCCUUGUUACAUAGUACAAAAUGAUCAGGAAACAGAUGGGUGGGUAAAUGUGACCUGGAUAUCUUAAUAGCCAAAUAAAACAAUGAAGAGUGUUCUGCUUGGUGGUGUAGUCAUAUGUUUGAGAGUGCCUUUGCAAGGAAAUUGCAUUUAAGGCAUUAGGUGUUUUCAAACUACUGCUUGUAUAAAUGGAGUGUAAUAGAUGAAGAUAUGCAGCUUUAAAAAUAGUAUUCCUUAACAUAACAUGGAGCUAGGAAACCCAUUAUUAAAGGAGACUGUGAAUGUGGAGGGUUCUUUAAUCAAAGGUUGGUUGUAUGGAAUGCUUUUAAUCUGGUCCUCUUAAAAUAUCACUUUGCACUCUGAUGAUUUGAACUAUCGAUAUUGUGGUGGUCAUGUUAUCAGAAGCUUACUAGAUGGAAAAGUUUGGAAUAUGUAAGAGCAUGGAUGAGUUUCCUGAUAAUGUAGCAUGUCUUGGUGUGUAGGGUUAUUUUUGUUCUGAAAGAAAGAAAGAGCUGUGCAUUGAUCCUUUAUGCAGUGCUAGUCUGGUUUGGACCAUACUUGAUUGUUCUAGGAAGCAAAGUUUGCUGUCCAAGAAAACCCUGAAUAAUUAAAGGCAAAAUUAAAUUAUUACCAUAAGGGACUUGGCUUUCAGGAUUCUUACAGUGCAAUAUUACCUUUAAAUGAAAUUGAUGGCAAUAAAAUUUGAACAGAAUUAAUUGAAAAUGAAGCUAAAUUCAGUAGAACACACAAUUUCCAUGUGCCCAAUACUGCCAGAUUUCUUUUUAAUAUUCUUGCAGUACUUCUAGGAAUGUAUUGAAGCUUUAUACACUUGAAACAUUUUGACACUGUGGAAAAAAGACUUUAAAGAUAGCUUGUAUCUGGUCUAAUUAUGCUUUAAACUUGUUUACAGUCAUGAAAACAGUGUUAACUGGGUGGAACAGUAUAUGCUAAAAGGAGGCUCUUUUUCUUACUGGUACAGAUUUUUUAAAGAAACAGUUCUUUGGGCAAUUUUGGGAAGCAGGUUAAAGGGCUAAAGCAAAGCCUAUUUUACUCUACUGGUGCUGUGAAAUGUUAUAUGAAUAAUUACACUGUAAAAUGAGAGAACUGUGUGAAAUAGAAACAAGAUUUCCUCCUCUUGGCACAACUUAAUAAAAUUAACUGUGUUCUCUUACCAGAUAUAGAGAAAAUAACUACAGUUUGGAAUGUCAGUACCUAAAAUUUAUUGAUACUUGUAUAAAAUCAAAUUUUAUAGCCAGAAACUGCGUAGAAGGUAACCAAAAAUGCACUUUAGUGUUUUUCAAAUACUGAAAGUGACAGCUUUUUUAAAAAAAUGAAAUCCUGGUCCUUUUUGAAAGAACUGAAGUAGCUUCCAAUGGAGCUUUUGUAUGUUGGUUAUAUGUACCUGCACUAGUGACAUUGAAAGUCACUUAAUGUCUAUAUUUAUAGAAAUGUGGAUAACUUCUUUACACCUCAAACUCAAUUCCAAAAGAGGCAUCAGACCGAAGUGGAUAGAACAUUUUACUAUGUGCAAAUCCUGCUUUUUAUCAGAAUCUGUCUGCAUGAAACUGAACCCCUUUUCAUGUGAGAUUUGUAAAUGUGACAAUGUUAUAAAUCACAGGUAUCUCAUUAAAGACUUAAUGGCAACUGGCA